CCAACCCUCCCUUAUUACUGAAACUGCAAUUCUGCGUCUUGUUACAGGAGGAGUAAAAAGUGAAGAGAAAUCCUGUUAGAAGUCUGAUGAGAAAUGCAUUCUACUUUUAAAAAAGUAGGUUUCACUACAGAUGUGCGGACAUGGAUUCUAAUACUUUUGGCAUUUGUAUGUUGCAUGCAGGGAUCUAAAAGCAGUCUGCAAGCUUCUCAGGAAUCCUGUGAACCUAUUACAGUACCACUAUGUAAGGAUAUAGCCUACAGCAAAACCAGGAUGCCAAACAUUUUGAAGCAUUUAAACCAAGAGGACGCUGGGCUUGAAGUACACCAGUUCUACCCACUUGUUAAAGUUCAGUGCUCUCCAGACCUCAAGUUCUUUCUGUGCAGAGUCUAUGUCCCAAAGUGUGAGCUGGGUGAAAUUAGGCCACCUUGCCGUUCUCUUUGUGAGAGUGCUAAGCAGGGCUGUGAAAGUCUGAUGAAUAAAUUUGGUUUCUCCUGGCCAGAGAGCCUGGCCUGUCAUUUGUUCCCAGAGGAAUCAUGUGUCAAAAAGGACAGUAUACUGGAGGGAUCUAAAAGCAGUCUGCAAGCUUCUCAAGAAUCCUGUGAACCUAUUACAGUACCACUAUGUAAGGAUAUAGCCUACAACAAAACCAGGAUGCCAAAUAUUUUGAAGCAUUUAAACCAAGAGGACGCUGGGCUUGAAGUACACCAGUUCUACCCACUUGUUAAAGUUCAGUGCUCUCCAGACCUCAAGUUCUUUCUGUGCACAGUCUAUGUCCCAAAGUGUGAGCUGGGUGAAAUUAGGCCACCUUGCCGUUCUCUUUGUGAGAGUGCUAAGCAGGGCUGUGAAAGUCUGAUGAAUAAAUUUGGUUUCACCUGGCCAGAGAGCCUGGCCUGUCAUUUGUUCCCAGAGGAAUCAUGUGUCAAAAAGGACAGUAUACUGGAGGAGCUCAGUGCAAUGGAACUCCAGAAAAAGCUAAUUGAAUUGGGUCACACUGUUGGAGACCAGCAACUGAGUCUCGAGACAUGCAAAAGUAUGAUGUCUUACAUGGGUGAAAAUGAAUCUGGCAAACUAGAAGUAAAAAAAAUGAACAAGCUGUUGGAAGAGCUGAUACUGCUAAAGAGAGAAUUUGUGGGUUAUACCUCUGGAGUUAUGACAAUACAUCAGAUGGAGACUGCACUUAAAGGGAGAGACAUUACUCUGAAUUCUAAGACCUUCAAGUCAAUAUGGAGACACUUCGCCUCUGAAGGAGGCAUGAAAUAUGAUGACUUUGUGGCAAGCACAAUGAAGAUACAGACCUUGACAGAUCGAUUCAAGAAACGGAUUAGUGCAGGCCUGGCUUGUGACUGCCAAGUGGCCACCUUUGCUUUGGAAGAUUUCAUCCAAGCAAGUCUCCUGUAGUGCCGUCACAGACAUACACUUGCUAUUAUUGGUACUUAUAAGGUACUGAUACCUACAGUAUAAUAUUAUUAUGAUAAUAUUUUAUCUCUUGAAGAUUAUAUGUAUCUAUUGUCAUGGAAAUAUCCUUUAUUAUUACUUCAGGAAAACUAUUCAACACAACAAGACCUUUGAAUGUUCUUAAGACUUCAUUCAUACUUGCAACCAAUAAAGAAUGGGGGAAUGUGCUAACUGACUUUCCCCAAAAUGUAAGACGGGCAGUCCCUCUUUAUACCAUUUUGCUUCGCUUAACACGUGACUAAGCUCUUAAGCAUUUACAAGUUCCAUAAUGACCAAGUCACAAUGUUGGGAUUUCUGAAGAUGUUUACUUCUAAACUGGUGUGUGUGUCACACUGAGGACUGAUUAUGGGGUUGGUGUGGACACUUUAAAUAAACAGAAGCUAGGGCUUAAUGUGAUAUCUUUCUGCUUUGUAAGGUAUAUCUUUCUUGUAAACAUGUUAUUCCCCCAUUUAAAUAUCUCUUUUUAAGUCAGCAAUACCUCUCGACCAAUUGAAACUCAGCUUCCUAUUAUCAAAUGUCACAUUCUGCAGUCUUAAUGUUUUAGCACAGCAGUUUUUCAUACUUCUUAAAGCUUUUAAAAUGAUAAAACUCUGGAUUAGGAAAUUUUCCCAUACACUAUCUGUCUUCCCUGUCAGAGUACAUGCAUUGUAUUCAAUUGUAGCAUGAAAGUAAACACUGUAAUAUGCCAAGUAAUCUCUUUAAUAAAAACCAUUACACUUCUGCC